AAAGGAAGUCAGAGAAAUGUUAAGCCAGCCCUUCCCCUUGACCACAGAAGGAAGAGCAGGAAAGCAGGAAGGCCAGGGUCCCAGACAGGAUCCUGAUGAUCCUGGAUCCAUGGAUCACACCCCAUGGGCGCACAUGGCCUCCUAUCCGGUUUUCUCCAAGCCCUGCGGGUCCUCAGCACAGCCUCCCUUUUCCUAAAACUGCAGUUCAUGUUUUUUUUCAGUAGGUGGCAGCACAUACAGAGCAAAUCACACAAGGCAGCUUUGCACAGAUUGGCAGCUAGAAAUUCCCUCCAUAUAAAGAAAUACGCCAGAGAUUACAUUCCAUCCAAUUACUCUCACAUCACACACUGCCACCAGAGACACACACAAAGCCGCCAUGGCUUUUGCCUGGCGUCUUGGGGCCUCAAUCCUUCCACCACCACGCCCCUCCCCUCCCCCACCUUGGACUUUGCCCUGCGUGCUGGCCAGGCAGAGGGGGCCAGAGUCCAGGCUUGACUCAUCCCCCGACUCAUUGGGGCUGAGAUCUCAGCUCCGUAACAGAAAACACCGCCACUUCAGCUCCAACCCAGCAGAGAAGCACCCAGCCUAGGACUCUAGGGAGAGGCCCCUCUCCGGGUCCCUCCCUCCACCAUGGAGUACCUCUCUAACCUGGACCCCAGCGGCCUGCUCAGGUCAGUAUCCAAUAUGAGCUCCGAUUUGGGCCGAAAGGUCUGGACCUCGGCUCCACCACCCCAGCGACCUUUCCGAGUCUGUGAUCACAAGCGGACCACCCGGAAAGGCCUGACAGCUGCUACCCGUCAGGAACUGCUAGACAAGGCUCUGGAGACCCUGGUGCUGAGUGGAGCGCUCACACUGGUGCUGGAGGAAGACGGGACCACCGUGGAGAGCGAGGACUUCUUCCAGCUGUUGGAGGAUGACACGUGCCUGAUGGUGCUGGAGUUGGGACAGAGCUGGAGGCCCCGCAGGAGCGGGGUGCUGCCGUACGGCCUGGGCCGGGAGAAGCCCAAGCACAGCCAGGACAUCGCCCGCAUUACCUUCGACGUGUACAAGCAGAGCCCUCGCGAUCUCUUCGGCAGCCUGAACAUCAAAGCCACGUUCUACGGGCUCUACUCCAUGAGCUGUGACAUUCAAGGACUCGGCCCAAAGAGAAUACUCAGGGAGCUCCUCAGAUGGGCCUCCUCACUGCUGCAAGGCCUGGGACACCUGCUGCUGGGCAUUUCCUCCACCCUUCAUCGUGCAGUAGAAGGGUCUGAGCGGUGGCAGCGGCAGGGCCGCCUUAAACCCUACUGAGGAGGGGGUCUGAGCUUCCCCCCAGCCUCACCCCAAGAGACAGACUGUAAAGGACUGUGACAGCAUCGAGCUUGGGGGCCUGCACGGUGCAGGCUGGCUAACUCACUGCUCUCCCCACUGUCCUCUGAUGUGGUAACAACAGGCCCGUCGGCAUGAUCCUUCCACUCCCAGCCUAUACCUGUUCCUGACUGCUACACCCCUUCCUGACCAUCGUCCCAGCCUCCCACUUACCCUGAAAGGCCACAGCCUGUCCCCAGGUGUCUGGAUCCCAUCCUGAUUGCCGCUACAUCUAGAAGGCAUUACCGCUCCCCUGCUGUCCCUAGGCUCCUCGGUGCCCUAAACAGAGCCCUCUCUAACUUCACUUGAGAUCUCUAUUUCUUUGUACCCUUCCCCCUGCAACGUAACACAAGUGUUUCCAAUAAAAAUAUAAAAAUGUUUA